AUGUCUUUUCAACAACUGAAAAAUUUUCUUGUUCCACGAAAGAAUGUUACUGAUUUAGUAGAAUAUCGGGUGUGUAAUGAAUGUGCUUCUCUCUCUGAAGGAAAAACACAAUGUCGUAAUCCAAAUUGUAAACUAUUCGGCUCUUUUAUUAAAUAUCCAACGGAGUUUCUGUACUUUCCAACUGAAUUCCAGCUUUUAUCAAUUUUAUCUCGUACAAAAAUCAAAUUUUAUAAAAAUGAUAUACGAACUUCUCCAGCAACAGAAUUAUCAGAUGUUUGUGAUGGAGCAGUUUAUAGAAAACUUGUUCGAACUCAGCGUGAUCCUUUCAUUACACUCACAUUAAACAUUGAUGGAAUAUCAAUUUUUCAAUCAAGUAAUCGAUCUAUUUGGAUAUUUACUGCUGCAAUCAAUGAAGUUGCUCGUCAAGAUCGAUUUAAAUUAAAUAACAUGUUAAUUUUGGCUAUUUCCUCGAGCCUUUGUAAGCCGUCCAAGGCACAAAUGCAGUCAAUGCUUAAACCUAUUGUUCAAAAUUUAAAAAGAAUUGAAAAUGGAAUUAGUUUUAACACUCCAGAUCAAGCAACAGUUUUCUUAAUACUCAGCUGCAACGAUAAGCCAGCCCAAGCACUUCUUCAAAACCUUGGAGAGCCUCAUGGACGCUUCGGAUGUGGUUCAUGCACUAUUGAAGGCGAUAAAGCUUCUACCGGUAAAACUAUGAUACGGGUAUUCCCAACAGCACCAACAAUCACCUAUAGUUUACGCACUAAUGAAUGGUACGAUCAAAUGAUCGAAACAGUUUGUAAUCCAGAUGUUCGACAAAGAACAGCUGAAGACGAAAUCCUCGAAAUAUUGUGUGGUCAUAAAGGAUCGAGAAAAAUUAGUCUUCAAUCUCCAUCAGCACGUGAAGAAGAGGUUAUCAAUCAUUUAGCUGAAUUAUUAAAUACAAUUAUCAACUGUCAUGAGUUUACUGUAGAAAGUGAAAUUUCUCUUGAUUACAUUUCCGAUGAUUUAACCGAAGAUGAAAUUGAUCAAUAUGUUGUAUCAGAAGACUCUGAAUUAGAUCCUGAUUUCAACGACAUGGACAACGACGACAGUGAUGGUCUUCUUCAAAAAUUUUCUUUAGAUUAUAUGAAAAAGGUUAUUGAAUAUUAUGAUGAAAGAAAUCCGUUGACAGGAAAACGCCGUCGGUCUUGGAAGGGUGUGAAGCGUCGAUUUAAACGUGUUACACAUUCAUCAUAUAUAUCUCGUUUUCGUGCUUAUAUUGAAAAGGGAGGAACGAGAACG